UUCCAGCCCGGCUUCUCCAUCUAGGGAGAGAAAACAAGAACUAUCUACUUUCCCUUAAAGCUGUGGAUUAAAUUUGUGGAAACGUCCUGACUUUCUCUACUUUAAGGUGAUUUUAAAACCCAGGGCUGUGGGAAUAUUCGAAGAUGCUUGUUUCGUCUCAGAGACUGAUGCCUUUGCUACUCCUGCUGCUGCUGGAUAUUCCAACUGCUGUGAAAACUCAAGUCAACCCAGCUAUCUGUCGCUACCCCUUAGGUAUGUCAGGUGGGCACAUCCCUGAUGAAGACAUUUCUGCUUCAAGCCAAUGGUCAGAAUCCACAGCAGCAAAGUAUGGAAGGACUAGGAUCAGAGAUGGUGAUGGUGCAUGGUGCCCUGAAGUCCCUGUGGAACCUGAUGAUCUCAAGGAGUUCCUGGAGGUUGAUUUACAUGAGUUGCAUUUUAUCACCUUAGUAGGGACACAAGGCCGGCAUGCAGGAGGCCAUGGCAAUGUUGCUCCUAUGUACAAAAUUAACUACAGCCGGGAUGGCACCCGUUGGAUUUCUUGGCAAAACAGGCAUGGAAUCCAGGUACUUGAAGGAAACACUAAUCCAUACGACAUUGUCCUCAAGGACCUGGAGGCCACCUAUUAUGGGCGAUUCAUUCGUUAUCCUGUGACUGAUCACUCUACAAUGUGUUCUCAGAUCGAGCUGUACGGUUGUGUUUGGUUGGAUGGGUUGGUUUCAUAUGCUCCAGCUGGACAGCAAUUAGUUUUACCUGAUGGCAACGUGGUUUAUGAAUAUUCAAUCUAUGAUGGUUAAUGUGAGUUGUCUAUUCAUAUCAUGACAGAAGGAUUAGGACAGCUAACAGAUGGGGUUUCUGGCUUGGGAUUCAGCCAGAGCCACGAAUAUCAUGUAUGGCCUGGUUAUGAUUAUGUUGGUUGGAGUAAUGAGAGCACCACAAAUGGACAUGUGGAAAUCACCUUUGAAUUUGACCGAAUCAGAAAUUUCACCACCAUGAAGGUUCACUGCAACAAUUUUGCCAAAGAUGUAAAGAUUUUCAAGGAGGUGCAGUGUUACUUCCGCUCUGAUGCAAAUGAAUGGGAACCAAACACCGUCUCCUCGCUACUGGUACUAGAUGAUGUCAAUCCCAGUGCCCCUUUGUUAAGUACCCCCCUUUUCCAUCGGAUGGCUAAUGCCAUCAAAUGCCAGUUUUACUUUGCUGAUACCUGGAUGAUGUUCAGUGAGAUUACCUUCCAGUCAGAUACAGCGAUGUACAACAAUUCGGGAGCCCUUCCUGAGUCUUCAGUGACCCCAACUACCUAUGAUCCUACUCUCAAAUUAGAUGACAGCAACACUCGCAUCUUAAUUGGCUGCUUAGUGGCCAUCAUCUUUAUCCUCGUGGCUAUCAUUGUCAUCAGUCUCUGGAGGCAGUUUUGGCAGAAGAAUGUUAGAAAGGCCUCUCGACGGAUGCUGGAUGAUGAAAUGACUGUGAGUCUCUCUCUACCCAGUGAAUCCAAUAUGUUCCACCACAACAGCACCACCACCUCCAGUGAACAAGAAUCAAACUCCACUUAUGCUUUGAUAUUCCCCCUUGGAGCUGACUAUCAAGAGCCAUCGCGAUUGAUCCGCAAGCUUCCUGAAUUCAUCCCAGGGGAAGACGAGGCAGGCUGCAGUGGGAUCACCAAGCCAACCCAACCAAACGGAGCCGAAGGGGUUCCCCAUUAUGCAGAAGCAGACAUUGUGAACUUGCAGGGAGUCACAGGCAGCAACACCUAUUCUGUACCUGCAAUCACCAUGGACUUGCUCUACGGCAAAGAGGUGGCUGUGGCUGAGUUCCCUAGGAAGCUGCUGACUUUCAAGGAGAAAUUGGGAGAAGGGCAGUUUGGGGAGGUUCACCUCUGUGAAGUGGAAGGAAUGGAGAGAUCUGUGGACCAGGAUGCUUUUCUGGAUGGUAGUGUCACCCAGCCUGUCCUACUAGCUGUGAAAAUGCUGAGAGCUGAUGCCAACAAGAAUGCUAGGAAUGACUUCCUCAAAGAGAUUAAGAUUAUGUCCAAGCUGAAGGACCCCAAUAUAAUCCGUUUGCUGGCUGUGUGCAUCACUGAUGACCCUCUCUGCAUGAUUACUGAGUACAUGGAAAAUGGUGAUCUCAACCAGUUUCUGUCUCGCCAGGAACCCCAAAACUUAACAGAGAGCUCUACUCCUCCUGUCAGUUAUGCCAACCUGAAAUUAAUAGCUAUCCAGAUUGCUUCUGGCAUGAAGUAUCUUUCCUCCCUGAAUUUUGUUCACCGAGACUUGGCUACCCGCAACUGUCUGGUGGGGAAGAAUUACACUAUCAAGAUAGCAGAUUUUGGCAUGAGCCGCAACCUCUACAGUGGGGACUACUACAGAAUCCAGGGCCGGGCAGUGCUUCCUAUUCGCUGGAUGUCCUGGGAAAGCAUUCUUUUGGGAAAAUUCACAACUGCAAGUGAUGUGUGGGCUUUUGGUGUUACACUCUGGGAAACCUUCACAUUUUGCCGAGAGCAACCAUAUUCUCAACUAUCUGAUGAGCAAGUAAUUGAGAACACCGGAGAAUUUUUCAGAAAUCAGGGACGACAGACUUACCUUCCACAGCCUUCAUUUUGCCCUGAUCCUGUAUAUAAGCUAAUGCUCAACUGUUGGAGACGAGAUACUAAAGCUCGCCCUUCCUUCCAAGAAAUCCACUGCUUUCUUCAAGAAGCAACCACUUCAUAGUGAUGCCUUCAAAUGCUAUAGACUACCCCUUUCCCCUGUCACAUUACCCUCUCCAAGUUAUACCCAGAACUGAAGCCACUUCACCUUUCCUUCAAUAACACAGCUGGACUCAAAUCAACCAUCAAAGGACAGAUGAGAGAGAAAUGGGGAUCUGACCAGGUCUGCUACAUAACCUCAUUCAUGGUGCUGUGUUUUGGACUGGUAAA